GCGGGGCCUGGACCCUACAGUAGACCUUAAUGGUGCAGACAUUGGCUGUAGUGUGGUCUAAAGAAACACCAUCUUCGCCUUCUCUUUUUGCGAAUUUAAAAGAAGGAGGAAUUUCAGCUAAAGUCACGCUUCCACGUUUUCCUGGAAAUGCAAGUGUAUCUUGCAGAUUUUUUCAAGUUAUCAUCAUUACAAUUAGCUCAAACUAUACUGGAGCUGUUAAACCACCGCAAAGAUUUACAACACAAGACAUGAUGACGUAUGAAGAAGCGCAUAAAUCUUCUUUUCCUGCGGCUUAUGUCGCUUUUCAGUUUGGAGGAAACGAUUUUGAUAAAAAUCAGGAAUUUGUUAUUGGAAACGGAGUGCAGUCCAGCGAUAAAGAAAGGAGUAAGAGAAGUGGUGGUGAUCAGUUUUAUUACAACAAACCACUGCAGCUGAAUACAAACUACAGAGUGUUCCACAGGGCUUUUGUUUCCGAGACGGUGUAUGUCUCUGGUAACUUCGUAGCCAUUGACACCAGAGGUAAACCUACCAACAAAGAUCUCCCAAAAACAACCAUUACAGCAAUUGGCGAACUGGUAGUGUUGACCUGUGAGGUUAGUGGAGAAACUAAGGCUUCUGUAACCUGGACUAAAGAUGGAGUUACUAGUAUACCUCGCGCUCAGUUCGAGAACAACAUCAAAAUACUUAUAAUAAAAGAUGUUGUUCCUGGUGACAGUGGUGUUUAUGAAUGUAAAGCAAUUAACAUGUUAGGAGAGAGCCGCACAGCUACGACAGUCAUUGUCGCUGUUCCACCCAGAAUUAUCGGAGAAUUUUCCCCUUCCUCAGUGAUAUGUGAAAAGCAAAGUCCAUGUUUUCUCUCAUGUCAAGCAGCAAGUCAUAUUCCGUUAAACUACUCCUGGACGAAAGAUGGACAAUUUCCAACCGGUGAUAACAUCAAAUAUAUGAAUAACAGCCUCAUUGUCACGCCACAGGUUGGAGAAGAUUAUGGGGAGUAUGUUUGUCACGUUGCAAACGCCUUUGGCUCAAUAUUGUAUGAAAUCACCCUACUCGAUAGUGAAGAUACAGAGAACAUCUUACUUGCCAUUGUCAUCGCAUUGUCUUGUAUUGUGUUCGUGUUGCUCGUUAUAAUUUGUGGGCUGAUAUGGCAGCGGAGAGGAGCUGUUCCUAAUAAAAGGAUACAGAGCAAAGAAAAAAUUGACUUCGAUGGUGUCAAAUCUUUACCUGAUCAACAGUCAAGUGACGAUCAAGCGUCAGACCCAGGUACAUAUAUGGAACUCAAAUCCAGGCCUUCGAACCAGGAGUCUCAUGUUCCUUCUAUGUACCAGUCGUUACAGGAAAAACUCGAGAACCCCGGAUAUUAUAAUAUGGUGCUUCCUGAAGAAAAUGGUGGGAAACAAAAUGAAGAAGUGUAUGAGGAAAUAUGAUAAUCCCAAAACUUAUUUUGUAUCUGUUUUGUUCAGAUUAUCAAUUCUGUUUUAUAUGUUUUGUAUGUAUGAUCUAACGGAGGACGACGCACAGAUGACGUCACCAUUGACAGCGGCUUGCCUCUUUACUGUAGAAGACAAUUGGAUUCCAUGUUGCCGUGAGUGUUCUAUAAUACGUCGCAGAAGAAGUCAAACUUUGUUAAGAACGUCAGUGCCACACUAGGCUGCACUUCGUGUGCUACUGUUUUGUCCUGACUGCAUUUUGACGUCAUCCGUGAUCAAAAAACGGAAAAGACGCACUGCAACAUCCAAACGGUACUUCGGUUCGUGACACGCUUCUUGUUCUAGUCUCGCGAAAAGAAGCGUUAAGUAAUUGGGCAAUGGAAUGAAAUCGUUUGAACUGUCUUCCUCCUUCAUUCAAAAUUCAUUGUUAAACUUUUCUUAUAUUUUACUUGUACCUUUUGCUUUUGAUGUCUGUAAAAUAUACAGCUCGAUCAUAACCUUUAGUUAUAAUCCUCGGAUGAGGGGUAAAUUAGAUUUAUAACUCUGGGUGAGGUUCCCAAACUAAACGAAACCUCUUAACAGAUAGUCACCUUCGCAGCCGUUCUUUGGGCUCGUCAUGCAACGGGGGAGGGAGCGUUGCGUGAUGAGCGUUGCGUGAUGAGCGUUGCGUGAUGAGCCCAAACAACGGCUGCGAAGGAGACUACUUAACAGGCAAUCACACAUAACUUCGUCGACUUGGCUUGACGAAUCCGUCUUAUCAAAUGUGAAUUAAUCUAUUAGGGCGUUAGAGUCAGUGUUACGGCAUGAAAAUUUGAAUUCCAAUAAAAGUGUCGUCUGAACCACUUGUUAAAAUAAGAGCCUUUAGAUAAAUGCAAAACUUAAUAAAGUGGUAUCUCUUUCACUCAUAGAUUACCUUUUAAAGACUAAAGGUUCUAUUUUUUUAGUCGUUUAUUGGACAUUAAAGGUGUUUUCGAUCUAUUUUUAUGCACAGUAAACUCUUUUCAACUGUAAAAACAAUAUGUUGCUUUGCUCUCUUUAAAGCAAUUGAAAAAAGCUGGGUUACAGAAUAUUGUUGGGUGUUUGUAGGUAAGAGAAUAGAAUAUGAUAGAUUAUUUUCACUCCUCAAGAUAUCUUUUAGAUUCCAGAUUAUUUACAAAUAGAAGAAAAUGCUGGGAAAGAUUGUUGCAAGGCAAUAACAUCUAAAUAG